AUGCGUGGACAGAUGGAAAUCGUGACACUAACUCCGGAGACACCCUCGCUGAUGCCCGUCGUAUCCGUGAUGAAUCCAACGACAAAUAUUUACCAACAAGGAGUUGAUUUUCGAGCACUGGCGCUUGAAGAUCCUGAUUUCGCAAAGUUCCUAAAAAUCAACGGCCAAUUGAACUUUAACGACCCCGAUGCCGUGAGGUAUGCGUUCGUUCCUUUCUGGCCCCCCACAUCCCCAUACUUGGCUUUAAACGAGAUGUCCGAGCUCUCUGACGGCAGGGCAAUUGACGAAGAGCUUAUUGAAAAGAGAUUUCAAGCUGAACCUGGAGUUACCGGACAAUCGACUAUGUCCGCCUGUACGCGUUCUCCACAUGCCACAUGUUUCAUGCGAGAUGAGCUUGUCUAUGGGGAAAGUAAAUUCUGGCUAAUGAAUGCUGUUUCGGUACUUGCCUACAUUCUUUGGUUACAGGAAUUGAUUGAUACUACCAACGGUAGCUACUGUGACCAAAAUGACCCGGAACGGGAAGUUGUUGGUUUAGAUAUCUUAGAUAUCGAUGACGACAACAUCAAAAUAGCCCAAGAAAAUGUGAAGCGAAACGACUUGCAAAGUCGCAUCCAUGUUGUUCGGACGACACAAGCAGACUUCUUGAUACCUUUGGGCGAUAAAAUACCCUUCGAGACCGAAUACCAGGCUAAAAUAGUUAGACUGCAAUUCACAAUGUGUAAUCCCCCAUUCUAUGAAUCCGAGGAGGAAAUGAUGGCUUCGGCAAACUUGAAGCACCGUCCUCCUAAUUCGGCAUGUACCGGAGCGCCAGUGGAAAUGGUCACAACUGGUGGAGAGGAAAGGUUUGUUAGCAGGAUGAUCGAAGAGAGCGUGAAACUCCGCACCAACGUCCAAUGGUACAGCUCAAUGCUCGGAAAAUUGAGCAGCGUCACAACACUUGUCGAGAAGCUGCAGGAAGCCGGUAAUCAGAAUUGGGCUGUGACAGAAUUUGUGCCAGGCUCAAAGACGCGGAGAUGGGCCAUCGCCUGGUCAUGGCAGGACCUGAGGCCGCCAAUGGAUGCUGCGAGGAAUAUUCCCAGUAUUCCAAAGCACCUCCUCCCAUUCCCGUCAGAAUUUUCUUUCCAGCCCAAAUUCGAGUCUAUCACGUUUCUCAUCCGUAGGAUCAAUAAUGAAAUGCAAGCUCUCCGCAUGGUCUGGAGAUGGAAUCAGCACUCAUGCAAGGGCCUUGGGUUUGCAACGGAGAAUGUCUGGUCACGUCAAGCGCGCAGGAAGCAACAACAUUUUAUGUCUCGAAUCGAAAAUGCAGCGGACUCAUCGCCGCCCAUCGAUGAAAGCAAGGCUGCCUUGGGUGUGUUGAUCCAUGUGCGACAGACAGGGAUUGAGAAUGUCGAUGUAAUCGUGAGAUGGGUCAAGGGGUUCGAUCAUGUGUUAUUUGAGAGCUUCUGUGGAAUGUUUAAACGCAAAAUCGAGUAG